GCAGACCGGAGGAGCCGAUAGCGGGGCCUGUGCCCAGCUGCGUGGCUGUGCCAUGGUUCGCUUCGGCCUGACCGUCGUCCGCCAUGGAGAAACAAGAUACAACAAAGACAAAAUACUGCAAGGUCAAGGAAUAGAUGAGCCGCUGUCUCCAACUGGUUUCAGACAAGCAGAUGCUGCUGGUUUAUUUCUCAGUAAUGUAAAGUUUACUCAUGUCUUCUCAAGUGACCUCCUUCGAGCAAAGCAGACUGCUGCCACGAUUAUAGGAAAAAAUAAGUUCUGCAAGGGUUUGGAAAUCAAGUGUGAUACAAGACUUCGAGAGAGAAAAUAUGGUGUUGCAGAAGGAAGGCCUUUGACAGACCUCAAGGCUAUGGCAAAGGCUGCUGGACAGCAGUGUCCUACAUUCACACCUGCUGGAGGAGAAACAUUGGAUGAAGUAAGAGAACGUGCAAGGGAUUUUUUUGAAUUUCUGUGUCAGCUAGCUGCUGAUGUGGGACAGAUCAGAGAGAAGAAAGAUCAAGAGAUGCAUGGCGCAACAAACAGAAGCUCAGGAAUGUAUGAAGAAGAGUCAGUUUUUCCUUGGACAGAUCACUGUGAAUUUAGUUCUGAUAACGAUGGAACUUCUAAGUUGUUAUUAGAUGCCAAUAUCUUAGUGGUGAGUCAUGGAGCCUACAUGAGGAACUGGGUUGGUUAUUUUGUUUCAGAUCUCAAGUGUACUUUGCCAGCAAAUUUAACAAAGACUCAACUGUCUUCUGUCAGUCCCAAUACAGGAGUUAGUCACUUUAUAAUAAAACUUGAAAACAGAUCAGUGUUAAAACCUGAAAUCAUAUGUGUUUGUCUUAAUCAGGAUUCUCACUUGGUGGAUGUUGGUGCUGAAUGUGUAGCUUCAAAAAUGUUUUAAGAGUUUUUAUAGAGGGAAGUAGUUCUCAAUUAUAAUAUGCUUGGAAUACUUGGAAAAAUAUAUCUGUAGUAAUUAAUGAGAUUGACGAGUUAUUGACACUGAACUGCAUAAUGGGAGACAUGCCUACCAUGCAUACCUUUAUGAAGAGAAACAUACUACCAGUCACUUGCAUGUCUUCCAUGCACUUGCUAUUACAGUGCAUUAAAAACUGCUUAUUAUUUGCCCAUAAUUAUUUUGGUUAUCUCCAUGAGAAAGAAUUAUUGGUGGAGGAGAGGAAUGGUACCCAAAAUAUGAGCUAUACUGUAUUCUUGUUUUAUUACAAAAUGCUAUAUUGUAAUGUUAAUAUACAUGUUGUUUUAAGGUAAAUUUUUGACUGCAGUAAUAUAACUUAAAAAGGGGGAUUGCCUAGUGGUACAAGUUUGGUACAGAGCCAGGUGACAUGUUCUUGACUCUGAUACUAAGUAGCUGUGAAACUCUGGGCAAAUCUUUUCCAUUUGUAAAGUGGGGAUGAUGAUACACCUACCUCGCAGGAGUUUUUGGUAAGAAAUGUUAGGGUUGUUGAGACCUCUACUGAAGAGCACUGUACACAACAUAAAAUAUUUAUUUUUAAUUGUAAGCAGAAUGAACACAUAAUUGAAACACCAAUCUGUAUUUUAAAAAGUAACUUUAUCAAUACGGUAAACUGUACUUGACUGGAAUCCCAUUGUCAAUCGCAGUCAUAUACUUAAUGGAUGAGUAUUUUGGCCUAGAAUUAGGCAAGCUUGAUUGCUUGAUGACUGAUUGCUUGUAGCUGCUGUUAGUGCUGCAUUACUUCCCCACUGGAUUGUCUGUAGUGUUACUAUGUAAGCUUAUCCAACUUAUUUAUCAUCUCCACAUACUUUUUCAUCAUUUGCAUAUUUUAAGCUUUAAAAAUAAAGGCUCCUGAAUAGAACUCCAUUUCCUUUGAGAUCAUAAUUCUUGUUAAUAAUACUCCAUGAAGCCUUGCCCAGAUAACAUGGCUUCUGUUUUUUGUUGUUGUUUUUCUGGGAAACUCCAGGCUAUUCUUCAGUAAUUAAUUACACUUUUUUACUCAUGAAGGCCAGUGCUAUUCUAAUUCUCAUACAAACAAAAAAAUAACAUGCUAAUGUUAAAAUAUCAAGGAUAAACUGCCAGCAAUUGUAUAAAAAUAGCUAUUCAAAUGACAUUUUUUUGUCCUAAUGUGCUGUUCUGUGCACUUUACCCUAUUUGGCUUCUUUGCCUUGAAGCAGACACUUGAAUUUUGAGAAGGAAAAAGAGAUUGCUGUUGUUUUGUUGAAUAGAUAAGUACAUAUGCUUAAAUGCUGCCCAACUAAAUGACACAGAAUUGUUCAGUCUGACUAUAGUGACUGUACUUGGCUUCUUCCUGUGACAGUGAUUCAAUAGGUAAGUCCUCUCAAUUCCUAAGUGAACACUGAAUGGGGGUCUGCUUCUGUUCUCUGUGUUAUCUGUCCGUUACUAAUACUAAAAUGUAGAGGGUAAUUGUGAAGUGUUCGGCCUUGUAGUAAUCAGAGGUGGUAUUAUAAGGCAGAGUUCUCCAGAAUGUGGAAAUCAGCCUUUUACUUGCAAUGGGACUUGUUUGCAUAAUAAAUUGCAUAAUAAAUUAUGGGGAAGCCAUCUGCUUCUGUGUCUGAAAACUUACCCAUAGAAAGGAGUUUGUCUGAUGUGUAAAUAUGGAUACUAGUAACAUGUCAGCAAGGAUUUGUCUUUCAGUUUGCAGGGUGUUAAGUAACAUGAAGGACUGGACUCUCUUAAAAUUGUAUCAGCGAGUUAAAAUUGGAGGAUUUCUGCAUUGGUAGACCUUAUUAUUGAUCGAUCAACUACUUUCUUUUUAUUUAUUUACAGAUACAGAUGAAAGCCUCUUCCUUAUGGCUCCUCUUUUCCAAUAUGAGGUAGUUCAUGAAUGUACAAGGAUAUCUGGGAAGGUUUUAUCUGUAAAGAUUUUACAGCAAUGUAGGAUCCUGGAAAACAUUAAGAUUUCCAUAAAAACAAGCUUUAGUCAAAUGACUUAAUAUAAGCAGUCUUUGUUCAAAACAAUGAUGUUCUCAAUAUUUAUUUGUUAAUAAAAAUUUCUGAAUAAAGAUAGUUGCAAUAAAAUGCUUAGAAAUUUUUUUUUUCAGAAAGCCAGCCAACUAGAAAUAUCCUUAGUAAGCCAGCUGUUACUGACGUAAUGUAUAAUUAUGUAUGAUUGAAAUUAAAAAGUGCCUAUUUCAUCAAAAUAACAGAGAUGAUAACAUUAGCAUAAGGAAUUACUCAUGUUUAGAAGCAUCUAAAAUUUUUUUCAUAAAUAAACAGCUACUGAUUUCUUGAUAUAUUAAAGGAAAUCCACAGGAAUAAAAAUGGGAAUGUAAAAUGGCUUUUACAUAAAAUGCUUGAGCUUUUUGUGAAAUGCUGUCCAUGAUUGUUCAUAUUUAUUUCAAGGAAGCUAGUUACAUAACAAGAGGUGUUAAAUACCUUGAACUUUAUAUAGUUGCCACAUCCUGCAUUUUGUCAGCCAACUGAAUUGACCAAAUUAAUGAAGUUAAAAACAUGCAUUCUUUAUCAAUUAGAUAAUGUAAUACACUUUACUACUAAAGUCAGGAAAUUUUGUUGGAUAUUUCAAAACGCACUGGCAAUGUCUGCUUUCCUUAGUCUAGAAGUGCUUCUUUUUCUUUCUUGACACCUCCAAGCUUAAUUGCAUUUUGAUUCUGCUGAUGAGGUAAAUAUUUUAGGGAAACUUGUACGUAUGGUUAAAUACUUUGCUAUUUCUUGGGUAACAUUUCUCACUUAAAGUAGUUUUGACUCUUUCUCUACAUGCUCUACAGUCUUUAAUGUAUUUGUAGCUGUUUGGAAUAUAGUUCCAGCCUGGAAAUGCGUGUUUAUGAUUUUUUUUCAAUGAAGUUAUUCAAAAAUUC